AUGGUAAAACCACUUACCUUCAAAGGUGACAAAAAAGCCAAAAAGAGAAAACGCCCAACAACCGAAACGAACGAUGACGAUGACGCUCCCGAACGGCAAGAAAAGCAAUUAAAUGCAACCACCAGCAGCUCCAAAACCACCACCACCGCCGCCGCCGCCGUCGCUCCCAAUGAAGUAGAAGGCGAAGAACACGACGACAGCUGGGUAUCCGCCGACGCGCCCUCCGACGUAUCCGGUCCGAUCAUGUUCGUCCUGCCGACCGAGCCUCCUUCCGCUCUCGCCUGCGACGCCACGGGCAAGGUGUUCACUUUGCCCAUCGAGAACAUUUUGGACGGCAACCCGGCGACGGCGGAACCGCAUGAUGUGAGGAUGGUGUGGUUGGCGCAUAAGAUUGUAGGAACGGAGAAUUAUAGAUUUAAGGGGCAAUCUAAAAAGUAUCUAAGCUGCGACAAAAUCGGCCUCUUCAGCGCCUCCUCCGACGCCAUCACCCCCCUCGAGUCCUUCUCCAUAAUCCCGACCUUCGACACACCAGGAACCUUUCAGAUCCAAACCCUGCGCGAGACUUUCCUAACGGUACGGGCAUCAAAGUCAUCAAAAGCCAACGCCGCGCCCGAGGUGCGCGGUGACGCGACGGAGAUUUCGUUCGACACGACGCUGCGGAUCCGGAUGCAGGCGCGCUUCAAGCCGCGGAUCAAGGCGUCCAAGGAGGAGAAGGCGCGGGAGAAGAUCAGCCGGCGUGAGCUGGAGGAGGCGGUGGGAAGGAGGCUGGAGGAGGAUGAGGUGAAAAGACUAAAAAGGGCGAGGAGGGAGGGUGAUUAUCAUGAGGUGAUGCUGAAUUUGAAAGUGAAGGGGAAGCAUGAUAAGUAUGGUUAAGGGGGCAGAUGUGAAGAGAGGCAUGGGUUGCUGGAUAUGGGAGGGUGGUGCGCAUUUUAAACAUACGACGGUGAGAGACUUACAUGAUACCCAAGAAAAUGUUUUUUUAGAUCCUGAAGAGCUGGUUAUGGUUGAUCAGAUUGGAAGACUGCGUACUAUGUAUCUUCCACCUACGAGCCUAUAGCAUCAUCCUAACGGUGCAAGUAGAAAAGUGUCAUCGAAGUUGCACCAUGUUUUCUCGAGAAAGAGGACUAGAAAGCAAUAGUAAAUCACUACACCGAGUAGUCUUUUUGAUCUAACUCGC